UGAAAGCUUUCUACUAUAUACAUUAUAAAAAAUAGUCACACUAAAGUAAAGUCAUACUAAAGUAGGUAACUUCAGUAUCUUUUUAAGUUUAACUGUGAAGGAUGCAACAAUGAGAUAUUAAAUUGCAUGCAUCAUUUAGUCUUUUUUCCAUCUUUGACAGUUACAUUCAAUAUAAAUCAUUAAAUCGAUAUAUAAGAUUUUUGAUAAUCAUCAUAUAAGCAUGUUUCUUAAUAUAGCAGCUGAAACAAACAGAGCAAAUAUUCUCAUCUAAUAAAUUUCAAUUAAAUAAAAAUUAAAACAGCCAAAAUCACAUAGGAAAUUGUAUGAAAUACUAUCUUUCUGCCUAAGAUUUUGCAAAACAGUGAGGAAGAUAAAAUCUUGUGAAACUUGGUGAUCACUUGCAAUUUUGGCUAUUACAUACAUGAUAUACAUGUAUAUGAUAUACACUUACGUAUAUGCACACAUCAUAUAAGGUACUUCAUGGUGAUUUACUGAAAUGGUAUGCUUCACCAAACAUAAGAAAUUAAUGUAGUGGGAAUAGUGACAAUAAUUCCAUAUCUUAUAUAACAUGUAGCUUGGUGCUGGAUUUUUUUUGUUCUCCUGUUUUAGAGGAAGGAAAAUAACUGUGUAGAAUGGAAUAGUUGGUGGGUUUGUUUCAUUUGUUUAAUUCAAUACAAAAUGACAACUUUUGCUUUAUUCUCCAUAUGCAUGUCCACACAAAGGUACAAUAUUUCUUUUAUUGUGUAUCAGAUUUAAAAACCAUCUAUGACCCUCAUGGAGAUAAUAACUUAGUACAUUUGAAUAAAAUGCUUAAACUAUUUUUCCUCAGGUUUUUUAUAAUUUUAUAGAUCCUAAACAGCUAGUCUUUUUCUGUGAUGUAGCUAAAGCAAGAUAGAAGUAUGAGACUCAGAAACUAAUAAUUGUACUGGAUACAAUACAAUUCUAUCCUGUCCAUGGUUAAAAUUUGGGCAGAGGGCAAAAUCCAUUUUGAAUAGUAGAAUUGCAAAAUAACUGCUUCUGCUUAAUGCAAACACAAGAUCCACACAAAAUCUCCAAACUUAAUGAUUUUAGAAAACUUAUGUUCUCCUUCCUUCUCAGUAUUAACUGAAUAAUGUUUUUUUUUUAACUUUGUAGAUAAGCUGAAAGAACUAUUUCUUUUUAUGUAUUUUCUUUUAAAAAUUCAAUUAGGAUUGUUACAAUAGUGUUAUUUUUCUGGGCAGCAAUGACCAAAUUGCCUCAGUUACAGGGAUUAUGUUAAUAUUUUCUUUCUUCCCCAAAAAGUUUUGCUAGGUUUCAACAUACAACAGUGCAAACUCAUUGCAUUGGUAAAGCAGUCAGAGAUGAACAAUACAAAGAUCCUUUUAAACUUGGAGGGAAAGACUUGAAAAAUCUCUAUGAAGAUAUUAAAAAGAGAAGUGAAGGCAAACCAGCGCUCCAUAGCAUUAAUUGCAGAAAUGAUCCAUACCGCUACACUAGUUCAUGAUGAUGUAAUUGAUGAUGCUAAUUCACGAAGAGGAAAAGUUACUGUUAAUCAAAUCUGGGGGGAAAGGAAGGCAAUCUUAGCUGGUGAUUUCAUCCUCUCUACGGCAUCUUUAGUUUUAGCACGUAUUGGGAACACAACUGUCCUUUCUCUAAUAACGCAAGUGAUUGAAGAUCUGGUGCGUGGUGAAUUUCUCCAGCUGGGUUCCAAAGAAAAUGAAAAUGAGAGGUUUUCUCACUACCUUGAAAAAACUUUUAAGAAGACUGCAAGUCUUAUAGCACACAGCUGUAAAGCAGUUUCUAUACUAGGCUGUCCUGAUCCAAAAGUUCAUGAAAUUGCAUAUCUAUAUGGAAAAAACCUUGGGAUAGCAUUUCAGCUGGUAGAUGAUGUACUGGAUUUUACAUCAUGUUCUGAACAGCUAGGAAAGCCUGCAUCAGCGGACCUUAAACUUGGAAUAGCCACUGGGCCCGUCUUAUUUGCUUGCCAGCAGUUCCCAGAAAUUAAUGCCAUGAUAAUGAGGCGAUUCACCUACCCAGGUGAUGUCCAACGUGCCCAGGAAUUCGUAUUACAGAGCGGUGGCAUACAGCAAACAAACUACCUCGCACAGCGUUAUUGCCAUGAGGCAGUGAAGGAGAUUAGCAAGCUUCGACCAUCUCCAGAAAGAGAUGCUCUUAUGCACCUGGCAGAAAUUGUCUUGUCUCGAGACAAAUAACCCUUUUCUUCUUCCUGGUGAUUCUGGCAGCUAUUUUACCAGACUGUGCCUAAACAGUUUCAGAACAUCUUGGCUUGCUUCUGGUGCAGUUCCCAUUAUUUUUUUUAAAGUUUUCCUAGUUAAGUAACUAGGCUUAUGAAAUGCUUUUAUUGAAGAAAGCCUUAUGCAACAGUGAAACACAAUCACUCUGUUAAAUUGAUAGCCGCACGUGGUAUCUAUGUUUUUAAUGAAGAGGUUUCUUCUUU